UGCAGACAACGAACACAUAAAUGAGCGAGUCAAUCAAUUAAGCAAGCAGUCCAGGGUGAGAGUCAGCCUGGGUGGCUCACACUUCUCCGUCACUCCUUGGCCAGAGGAUAAGGGGGCCCCCUGCCAGGCAGUUCCCCCAAGACCUCUUGCAAAAAGGGAAGGUAAUGUCCUGAAGGCCUGCCAAGGAAUGCCGCCGAGAAGGCAAGCAUCGGCCUGGUCCUGAGGAUGCUCGUAGAGGUGUCCUAUUUACUUCAGGUGUGAAACAAUGCAACCAGGUCGAAAAGAAUGUCAGGUUCGUUCAUCUAGCCACCAAGGAAACCCAGCUGGGGAAAGAGCAGGCGAGUGAGAAGCACCGUGCAAGUGGGUUGUAAAGUGUGAAACUUAUCUACAAGGUCCUUUCAGUGUUUAGAACUGACUAAACCUUGCUUUCUCUCACCUCCAGCCACCUGUGGACACGGGACUCUAGCCGUGGAGUCAGCUGGGUCUCUCAUCCUGAGCUCCCGAGCGCCCUGGGGAGGGGUCCAGGGUGGAAAGCGGCUGGGAGUUGGGGACUGCACUCAUGGGGACUUUUCUCCAAGGUUGUCGCCUCAGAGAAAAGGAGCAUGGUCUCCCUGAAUGACCAACCCUGCCCUCUCAAAAAAGAAAAAAAAAAGUCAGCGACAAGUGCUGACCACGUGGUGCCUCAGCUGUUGGAGCCUCUCCAUGAGCCGCACGACAUGUGCACUCCUACCCCAGCCUCCCAUCAGGGCAUUUAAACCACAGCUGCUAUCAGAGCCCCCGCUGAAGGGAGCAGGCCUUCUCCCUUUGGGGCCCCGGGCGGCCUGCACCCAGCCCCUCUCCCCAGCCAGCGUCUUCCUCCCCGGCCCAUGGGGACUCUAGUGGCGAAACUGCUCCUGCCGACCCUCAGCAGCCUGGCUUUCCUUCCCACCAUCAGCAUCGCUGCCAAGAGACGAUUCCACAUGGAGGCCAUGGUCUAUCUCUUCACCAUGUUCUUCGAGGCGCUCUACCACGCCUGCAACGGGCCGGGCCUGUCAGUGCUGUGCUUCGUCCGUCACGACAUCCUGGAGUACUUCAGCGUCUACGGGACGGCACUGAGCAUGUGGGUCUCGUUGAUGGCCCUGGCUGACUUUGACGAACCCAAGAGGUCGACUUUCGUGAUGUUCGGUGUCCUGACCACUGCUGUGCGGAUCUACCAUGACCGCUGGGGCUACGGGGUGUACUCGGGCCCCAUCGGCACAGCCGUCCUCAUCAUCACGGCUAAGUGGCUGCAGAAGAUGAAGGAGAAAAAAGGUCUGUACCCCGACAAGAGUGUCUACACCCAGCAGAUAGGCCCUGGCCUCUGCUUCGGGGCCCUGGCCCUGAUGCUGCGCUUCUUCUUCGAGGACUGGGAUUACACCUAUGUGCACAGCUUCUACCACUGCGCCCUGGCCAUGUCCUUCAUCCUGCUGCUGCCCAAGGUCAACAAGAAGGCUGGAGGCGCAGGGCCCCCGGCCAAACUGGACUGCUGCACCCUGUGCUGCGCCUGUAUCUGACUUUGCACCCCCACCCACCCCGUCCUAGGCCUGGUGAGAGUCCUCCUGUCUUUCUCCAGCCCAGGGUGGCCAGGAGAAACUCUGUCCUAUUCUGAGAGGCCCCUGGGGGUUGGGAAGCUCCCACUGUGUUGACUGCUCCUUGAGAACCCACCUACUAAGCUCCAUGCUGGAAAGAAAAGACACUUCUCCCCCCUCCUAGGCCUCGGUCACGGCUGGUCGGCAUGUCUGCAGAGUCCUGGAGCCAGCACCUGUCCUCUCCACCUCCCUAGCCCCAAAAGUCCCAGCCCGGUCCCCACCACAAAGGGGUCAUGCCCAGCACCUGGUCCUGUGUCCUCCUGCACCACCUGUUUUCUUUUGGAAGCUGGCAUCACCACUGCUGUCCUUUGCUCUCAGGCUCUGAGCAUGCCCAUUGAGGAAGCCAGGGCCAGCAGGGCCAGCUCUGUCCCUGGCCCAGGCCUGCCUGCUCCUUGGCCGUCUCUCCAGCUGGGUCCCUAAAUCUAUCCGUUUCAAUGACAAUAACCAAUAAGAAUCACCUUGCUUUAUUGACCUUACGAGGAGCCCAAGUGAGCACCCGUUUCAGUCCUCUGAGCACUCUGCCCCGGCUUUCAGCCCUGCCCAGGGUUCCCCAGCGUGGGAAGGUGGCUCUGGGUGCAGGGACUUUGAGCAGAGGCCGAUGACAGGCCCCAAAACUGGGCUCAGAGGGAGGUAAGCCUGCUCCUGUCCAGAGCCUGUCUGCACCGGGCCCCAGGGGGUGACGGGAGCUGGCCUCCCAGACAUCACCUCACAAACCUGAGCCUCCCCACAGUCCAUCCCACCCUGGCUUCCUGAAUAAUCCAGGCACAUCUGUCAGGCAGGAAGUUACCUGCACCUGCCUGGGGCCUGUUUGUGUUUCCAGACCAUGCAGUUACCCACAUCCACUCCCACCGUGGGGGGCGGCCUGUUAUUUGUCCCAAAGUCACCUCUUGCACACCUGAGAGGACUGAGAGAAAGCUGGCUCCAGCACCUGGGGCUGGGGACCAGGUGAAUCCCUCUGCCAGGCCCCCCACCCCAUCUGUCAGCCUGCCUAACUGGCCAGAGGCCGCGCAUCUCAGGUCUGGACACCCACAGCCUGGCCCUGCCGCAGCAGCUUUCUGUCCCCACAACCUGUUAAUGACAAAGCAGCCCACUCAGCUCCUCACAUGGCGCCCGGGGUCCUUGCCAAGCCCGUUUUCCAGAUGAGGAAGCUGAAACUCCACAGCUUUUGGGCCGUCCACCCAGGCGUGUCCCCAUCACAGGGCCCUCCCCCACCUGGCUCUGCACUCCUGCGCGGAGGGGUGGGCAGGUGCUGCCCCCAUCAGCUGCAGCUCUGGCUGGGGGUGGGGCGUGGGGGGCUGCAAGCUGGAAAGAGGGUGCAUACUGGAAACAGUCUUUCCCUCUGUCCCCAUCUUCCACCUGCACAAGGGGACAUUCAUAUGUCACAGCACCAGGUUGUAAGGAAAGGGGACACUCUGGUGCUAUACAGGGGACCCAGGGGGCAUUGCUCCAGAAACAGGCAUCUGCAAGGUGGCUGGCCCCUGCCCAUCCCCUCCGUCCCCCGUUAC